CGCAGCCCCCCAGCCAUGGCGCCAGGCGAGCCCCCGCUGCCGGACGCGGCCUCCCCGGCGGGCGAGCCGCUGGCGGGGCCGGCGCUGGGGCCGGGGCCGGGGCUGGGGCCGGCGCUGCUGGCGGGGCUGGUGGCCGCGCUCCUCGCCUGGCUCUGGUACGGCCGGGGCGGGGAGGAGCCGCCCGCGGGCGCCGAGCGCUGCGCAGCUGCGCCACGAGCAACAGAGCCUCUCCUGGAAAACCGUGAGUGUACCCUGUUGGAAACCACUGCCAGUGUCCUGUCCAGCCCUCCAGAGCCUGGCAACUACCUGGCAACAGAGAGUCUGGCAACUACCCCAAGAGAAGAUGUCCCAUCUCUAAGCGAUGAUGGUGUUCCUAGAGAAUCUCCUGAAAUGGAGUCUCUGGUCAAAGAACCUGCCACCCCAUUAUUGAAUUACCGUGAAUACUUAAGCAAUGAAACCCUUGGUUCCCCUACAGCAGAAUCAGAACUACUAAAGGGACAGGAGAGUGAGGCACAGUGUGGGGACACUUUGGCAGAAGCAUCUCCUGAGGCACAGUGUGGGGACACUUUGGCAGAAGCAUCUCCUGCUAGUGAUGUGCAUGAGGACAAAACUGAAGAACAGUCAGGUCAGACACUUGAGUAUCAGGACUUGGUUGAUCAUGAGGAAUGGGAAGUUGUUCCUGAACACUCAGCCUGGGGAGAUGCUAGUAAAAACAGUAGUGCAGAUGACUCCGACACCAGUGUGGGCCAAGGCAACAAGGAAUUGGAACAGGUAGACUUCCUUGAGGCUGAUUCAAAAGCAAAGAGGGUUGCAGCUGUGCCCCCAAUGCCUCAGAAUAUCCAUGUGAACUUCCGUGUGCACUACAUCACUCACACUGAUGCUCAGCUGAUUGCUGUCACUGGUGACCAUGAGUGUCUUGGUCAGUGGCACAACUAUGUACCACUCAAGUGUGACAAGGAUGGUUUCUGGUCUGAUGCUGUUAUCUUACCAGCAGAUUCCAAAAUAGAGUGGAAGUUCAUAUUGGUGGAGAAUGGAAAGGUCACACGCUGGGAAGAAUGCAACAACAGAAUCUUAAUGACGGAACAUGAAGAUAGAAUGGCCCAUCAGUGGUGGGGAUAUCAUUGAAUAGGAUCUCAGUGGAAGCUACUGACCCAGCAAAGAAAAUGGUUAGACUAAGCAUGGGGGGGCCUCUAAUUUUAUUCUGGUUUCCGGCCGAACCUUCUCUGGAUAGUAGACCUUAAUGUAUAUCAUAUACCAAUCCCUGCUAGAACUGUCUGAUCCACCAAUUUCUCCUCUGCUAGAGUUAGCUAUGGCUCUAGGAAGGGAUUCUCCAUGUGAAGAGACUCAUCAGUUGAACUCAAACCAAAAUCUGCCUAAUGAUAUCAUUAGGCAGAUAGGAAAGCAAGAGCAGCACUUGAGACAGCUCCUCGGGGGAAGUUAAAACUGAUGCUAAAUUUGACUUUUGUACGAGUGGGGCAGUGGGAUGAAUUUUUGUACGACAGGUUUACAGAGCGGACUGAAUGCAAGAGGAGGUGUAGCUAACUCCACUGCACUUGUGGCUUGCUAUACAAUGUUUUUAAUUUAUUGUACUGUACAAUUAAGCAAUAAACGUAAUAUAUUUUCA